CUAUCACAGAGACCUUCAUUGUGCAGCUAUUGCGUAACAAAUGUAAGAGUAUCCCGGACUGAAUUAUUGCCCCAGUAAAAGUCAGUCUGAACAGGCUGAGACAUCUGGGUCACACCAAACUACAAAUAGAGUUCAGUGAGGGUUGUCCACCAUGUUGGAGGCGUUAGUCUGUCUGGUGGGACAGUGGAUCGAUACCAAGGGGGUCCUCCUAUUCCUCUUGGUUCUGUUGGUGACCAAGUACAUCCAUGAUCUGCCUCCUAAGAACUACCCACCAGGCCCCUUCCCCCUGCCUUUUGUUGGGAAUAUGCUGAAUAUCAGCAUCAAGGACCACAUAGGUUCCUUUAAAAAGUUUGUAGAGACUUACGGGGAUGUGACUACAGUAGACCUGGGUGGAGGGAACCGCUGUGUGCUCCUCUCAGGUCUCCGAGGCUUUAAGGAAGCCUUUGUGGAUCAGGCCGACGCCUUCACCGAUCGGCCAUCUUACCCCCUGAACGACAGGAUAAGCAGAGGCUUGGGCCUGAUCUCCUCUAACGGUCACAUGUGGCGGCAGCAGAGGCGCUUUGCCGUGUCCACGCUCAAAUACUUUGGAGUGGGGAAGAAGACCCUGGAGACCUCCAUCCUCCAGGAGAGCCACUUCCUGUGUGAUGUCUACUUGGCAGAGAGAGGCCUGCCCUUUAACCCUGAAGACGUCACCAACAAUGCAGUGGCCAACAUCGUUUGCACCCUGGUGUUUGGUUGUAGGUUUGAAUACAACGACCACCACUUCCACCACAUGCUGAAAUGCUCCGAGGACGUUUUACAGCUGCCUGCUACCUUCUGUGGACGGAUGUAUAAUCAGUUUCCCACACUGAUGCACUAUUUGCCUGGGAGGCACCAAUCAGCCUUCAUCAACCUUGGUACCAUAAAGCAGUUUAUCAGAGAGGAAGUAGAGAAACACAAAGAGGACAGGAACCCGUCCAACCCCAGAGACUACAUAGACUGUUACCUGGAAGAGAUAGAGAAGAAUCAGGAUGGGGCGGCUGGCUUCACUGAGGAGAACCUGCUGCACUGCGUGGUGGAUCUGUUUGGGGCCGGGACAGAAACAACGUCCAACACCCUUCUCUGGGCAAUGCUGUACAUGGCCAAGUACCCUGACAUUCAAAAGAAGGUGCAAGCGGAGAUCGAUGAGGUCAUAGGUUCGGCACGCCAGCCCUCAAUGGACGACCGAGCCAACAUGCCGUAUACCUAUGCUGUGAUCCAUGAGAUCCAGAGGUUUGGGAACAUUGUCCCCUUCACGCCUCCCAGAGUGGCCAAUAAGGACACCACCGUGGCGGGGUAUCUAGUGCCCAAGGGAAUGAUGGUGCUUCCAAUGUUAAAACCAAUCCUACAGGACAGAAAUGAGUAUGCAACCCCUAAUCAGUUCAAUCCUGGACAUUUCCUGGAUACAAAUGGAAAAUUUGUCAAAAAAGACAAUUUUAUCCCAUUUUCUAUAGGUAAGAGGAUGUGUCCAGGGGAGCAGCUGGCCAGGAUGGAGCUGUUUCUGUUCUUCACCUUUCUGCUCCAGAGGUUCACCUUCACACCUCCACAGGGCUGGGAGCUGGGCCUGGAGGGCCAGGUGGGCAUCACCAGUAGACCAAAGCCCUUCAAAAUCUGUGCCUUGCCUCGAUGAGACACCUUGGGUGAAUCUCUAUUGUAUUUUGUUGAUUCCUUGUGUUCUGUCUCCUUGCCUCCUUCUCAAGAUAUAUUGGAGGAGAAGAUCUGAGGGGAGGAACCUCAUAU